CUUGGAUCGGUUGCAUGUCCCUCGCCGAGCACCAGCGCGAGAUGCUGGCCUUGGCGCGGCAGCAGAGCGUCGUGCUGAGCGGACCAAGCCGCGUUGGCAAGACGCACGUGGCGGCCAUGCUUGCGCGCGAGCUGCUGGACGACGCCUCGCAUCGCGGGAAGCUCGUGCUCGUGGUCGUGCCCGGGAGCAGCCAGAUUCCGGACGUGUACGCAACGAUGGCUCGCGUGUGCCAUGCGCGCAUGGGCGGCCAGCUACCGACGAACGAGCGUGCGUGGCAGACGGUCGAGUACAUGAAGGCCCAAGUCGCGUCAACCCAGGUGCUCGUCCUCACGGCCGCCAUGGUCGGCCUCCUCCUGCAAGAGAACGUGCUCGUGCUCGAAAAGGUCGCGCUGGUCGUCUUCAAGAGCUGCGAAAAGAUCCACGCGCUCUUUCCAGCGUUUUACCAGCGGUUCUUUGUCAAGUACGCCAAGCUGCACAAGGCGUGCCAGCCGCGCAUCGUGGCGCUCACGACAUCGACGAUUUCGGCGCUCGAGUUGCAUACGACCAAGAACCCGCUCUUUGCGUAUACGACGGCGUGCAGCAUGACGCUGGCGGCCACGCGCACCAACCACGACCUCCUCGCACCGCUCUUCGCCGAGGUCUUUGAGGACGCGAGCUCGUCGUCCUCGAUGUUUGUAUCGGACCCCAUAGCCUUUCUGCUUGGCAACAAUGAGAAAGGCAUCGACUUGGUCGCCGCGUACCUCGACCUGCACCGCAUCCCUGGCGACGACGCCAGCCUAGCCAGCCGGAAAGACCGGUUCCUCAACGACGCCAGUGCCGUCUUCGACCACCUCGGUUUCUGGUGCUUUGUACAACACGUGCUCCACGAACUCGAGAGUGGCAUCGAGUUUGCGUCAUCCUCGCACGCCGAGAGUCUCCUCGCAUCGACGCAUCUCAGCAUUCUCUCGGAACCUUUGGUGCCGGUGGUGCCACGUAGCGACAGCGACCACGCAGCGUCCGUGGCCGGCGCCAACGGCCUCCAAUCGUGGCUCACUGAUCUUUUGGCGCUCGUCCCACGGACGCAAGCGACGCCACGACUCCAGCAGGUCGCGUCGCUCUACCGCACCUUUGUCGCCAACGAAAGUCUGCUCCGAGAUGCGCCGCUGACAAAGCGGACGUGGAUCUUUGUGCAUCGUCGGACGCACGCGCGGCUCGUGGCCGACUACCUGACGGCGUCGUUUCCGCAUUUACCGCCGGCGUGCAGCAUGGUCGGCCAAGACGUGGCACACUGUCGCGACGGCGUGACGUCCAUGGGCGAUGUCAUUGCAACGUUCAACGACGCACGGAGCCUCGUGCUCGUGACAACGGCGCUGACGCACGACAUGGACUGCGUGGCGCCGUGCGACCUCGUGCUCAUUGCCGACACGUUGCACGACCAGCACAAGCUGCUCGACUUUCGACGCUGCGCGGACGCUGUCAUGGGGGUCGUCCGCUACAUCGUGCCGGGCACCGAGGCGGAGAUGACCAAGUACAAGGCACUGCACGCCAAGAUGACGCGCCUCGUGCAGAUGGAGAUUGCCAACAUGCCGCACGAGGUGCUCGAGCAGCGUCUCCAAGCCGUCCGCGCUGUCGAGGCGCCGGUCCUGCCCGCCAACGACCACGCGUACGUUGUCGUGCACGACGACACGCAAGCGCGCCUCGAUGUACGCAACAGUAUCGAAACACUGGAUGCGUUCUUCGAUACACUGCCUCUCCUCGCGAUUGCCGACCACCGACCGCAGUACACGCACACACGUCACGCCAUGCAAGCCGCGAUGACAAACAAACGGCGCCAGCGACUCGAGGCGAACCGCCGCCUGCAUGACGACGACGACGACGACGAGAUGACGCAGCGCUUUGAACAUUCAGUAAUGCUCCGGCUGCCGCCCGCGCUCGGGAUCAAGGAGACGCUCAAGUCGCCGCGCGUCGACUGCGAGAAGCUCGCAAAAGCGAUAGCAGCAUUUCUGGCGUGCCAAGAGCUCCUGCGACGCGGGUUUCUAGACCGCUCGUUUCGGUCGCGGCUUCAAGGCCACGUCCGCGCAGCGUCGACGACGCCAUCUUCACACCCGGUCACGGUGGAAACCGAGACGCAGAGCAACUAUGAUGUGCCAGCGACCACGGCCAUCGAGCUCGGGCUGCGCUCGGUGCGCGAAGUGUUUGCAGCCCAUUCGAGCUCGAGCUCGAGUGUGACCCUGUAUCUCUACCCGCUCGACUCGCUCGACUAUGGUCUCUUGACGACGACGCCGCUGUAUGGCGGCGUGGUGCGGGACACACCGUGGCGCUACGAGUUUGGCACGACGCGCUGCAUCUUGACGCCAGCGCUAGCGACCGUGCGGCUGGUGGACAAGACCCCGCGCGUUUUGGAGAUGGCAUUGUCGGAGCUCAGCGAUUGCGUUCGGCAUCACGUGAUGCUGCUGCGCUUGGCGUGUUACGGCGUCGACGCGGCGCUGGCGGCGAUCCGGUCGCCCGACUUACUGUGCGAAUUCUCGGCCCGCAACGACAAGGGCUACCUGGUUGUCGCCUUGGACCCGGCGGAUGCGAUCGACUUUGACCACAUGCGUGGCGUGAUGGGGUCGUUUCUGACGCCGGCCUGGCCACUGCCGCCGCCCGAGCGCCUUGCGGACCUCGUCUGCGUCGCACGAAAGCGCAAGGAUGUGACGUACAGCAUCAAGCAGGUAACGACGACUCUGGUCGGUGACGUGGUCGCACGAGUGGUCGCCGACAACACGUUCUGGGGCCACACGAUUCGCCGGGCCAAGUCGGCACCGGGUAACCCGAUCCUCGGACGCUGGUAUACCAAGGACGAUCUGCUUGGCGCCGAGCCCAACCAGCCGCUGGUGUACGCGAUCGAGCUGCCGUCGGCGCUGCCUAUCAUGCGCCACAUUAUGGACCGCCGCCCGCAGUGGACCUCGACCGUGCACCAGAAGGAGCGGCUCGUUUUGCCCGACCACACCGACGUCCUUGGCCUCUCGCGGUCUCGGUACGUGCAGGCGUUUGGCUUGCUCCCGCUCUUGUACGAGUUGGAGCGCAAGCUGCAGCUGUCGCGACUCAUGGACCGCGUCGGCGCCGACAUUGACUGGACGCUCCUCAACGACGCGACGUCCAAGCCCGCGUACGAGACGCUCGAGACGCUCGGUGACUGCUACCUCAAGCUUGAAUCGACAUGGUUCCUGUACGAGCGCCGCUGGGACCUCGACAACGAAGGCGCGCUGCACAUGACGCGCACCGACAUGAUCCGGAACGACCGUUUGUGCCUCAAGGCGAUUUCGCUCGAGCUGCACAAGCUCAUGACGCACCCAAAAAUCCUGGACACGCAGCCGUUCAUUCACUGGAAGCCGAGUUGCGUGGGCCGAACGCCCAAGUCGCUCGUCGCGCCCGUCAAGUGGAUUGCCGAUACCGUCGAAGCCAUGUGUGGGGCCUUCAUUGCGGGUCUUGGCGAGCGUGGCGGCCGGCUCUUCUUGUCAUGGCUGGGCAACGAGACGCUCGACCCACUCGAAUGUGCGUACGCGCGUCCUCUCUUGCCGCACUGUACGCCGCAGCCGCGCCCGUCGCUGCCCCGCACGUCGGUGCCGCUCAACCUGGCAGCGCACGGGCUCGAGUUUGUCGCGUCGUACUUUGACGAUCUUGGCGAGCGCGUCCGCAUCCUCGAGGCGUCGCUCAAGUAUGAAUUCCGCAACAAGCGCCUCCUCCUCGAAGCGAUCGCGCACCCGUCGGUCGCGCCCGUCAUGCGCCACGCGGACGCAAGCGCCGCCCUUGCCGCUCCGUUCAAGGGCGACUAUGAGCGGCUCGAGUUUCUGGGGGACGCACUCGUCGAGUACCUCGUGCUGACGUAUGCGACGACCACGUACCCCGCGUGGCAACCGGGUGACCUUACAUGUUGGAAGGGCGCGACCGUCUCGAACGACGCGCUCGGCAAGACGGCGCUCAUUGCGUUUCACGUCGAUCACGUCAUGCUCACGGGCGCGGUCAAGAUGGACCCAAAGAUGGCGGCCAACAUACGGCUCGUCAAGCACCACUUUGCGCGGCUGCGCGCGGGGCAGCCCGUGGACGCGGCUGGCAUUGACCGCGCGACGAUGCCCAAGAUGUACGCCGACGUGUUUGAAGCGCUCGUGGCAGCUGUGUUUUUGGACGCGGGCCGGGACCUCGUGACGAUCCGCGAUGUGUUUUUGGGGCCGCUCCUCGAGACGGUUGGCGCCGACGCACUGGCGGUCGUGCGUCGCCAUCAAAAGACUACGUAGCUUGGUGUCAUGGUGCUCGUCUUGUGUGUUGUCGAGCGGCUAUGGUGGAUACGUGUCGUCACUAUAUCUAACGUUUUCU